GAGGCAUUUUUGAGUGUGUGGAAUCUGGUCCAAUGGGAGCAGAAGAAUUAGCCUUCAGAUUUGCUGUGAAUACAAUCAACAGAAACAGAACUCUUCUGCCAAACACCACAUUAACUUAUGACACCCAAAAGAUAAAUCUCUAUGACAGUUUUGAAGCAUCCAAAAAAGCCUGCGAUCAGCUGUCCCUUGGGGUGGCUGCCAUCUUCGGACCAUCCCAUAGCUCCUCAGCUAAUGCUGUGCAAUCCAUCUGCAACGCUUUGGGUGUUCCGCAUAUCCAGACACGCUGGAAACAUCAGGUGUCAGACAACAAGGACUCCUUCUAUGUCAGCCUCUAUCCAGAUUUCUCUUCACUCAGCCGUGCCAUCCUUGACCUUGUGCAGUUCUUCAAGUGGAAAACAGUUACUGUUGUUUAUGAUGACAGCACUGGCCUUAUUCGAUUACAAGAGCUCAUCAAGGCUCCAUCACGAUACAACCUGAGACUAAAAAUCCGUCAGUUACCAGCUGACACGAAAGAUGCAAAGCCAUUGCUAAAAGAGAUGAAAAGAGGCAAAGAAUUCCAUGUAAUCUUUGACUGCAGUCAUGAAAUGGCAGCAGGCAUCUUGAAACAGGCUUUAGCUAUGGGAAUGAUGACAGAAUACUAUCACUAUAUCUUUACCACACUGGACUUGUUUGCCUUGGAUGUGGAACCCUAUCGGUACAGUGGUGUUAAUAUGACUGGAUUCAGAAUUCUAAACACAGAAAAUACCCAGGUGUCAUCUAUCAUUGAAAAGUGGUCUAUGGAGCGAUUGCAAGCACCUCCUAAGCCUGAUUCAGGUUUGCUGGAUGGAUUUAUGACG